AACUCUUUCGGUUCCCUUGUCUCUGCCGACUCUCUCUCUCUCUGUAUUGCUUUGUCUGUGUGUGUACUGAAAAAAAUCUUCUAUAACGAAUGGCAGAUCAGUCAACGCCAGUCACAGGUUACCCUGCCGCAGGGUAUCCUCACCCUCCGCCGCAAUCCGGCAACAACACUAACGGCUACCCCCCCGCCGGCGCCUCCUACCCCUACGCCGCUCCACCUCCUCAAGCCGCGUAUUACUACGCGCAGCCCUACCCCGACCCACGCGCCACCUUCCUCCGCCGCCUCUUCGGCAUUCUAAUCGCCUCCUUCAUCAUCGCCGCCACCAUCGCCUUCAUCGUCUGGCUCAUCCUCCGCCCUCGCCUCCCGGAAUUCCAGGUCGACUCUCUCUCUCUCUCCAAUUUCAGUCUUUCUUCUUCCUCGAUCUCCGCCAAUUGGGACGUCGGCUUCACCGCCCGGAACCCUAACCACAAGAUCACUCUCUACUACGACGACAUCUCCGCCACCGUCUUCUGCGGAGAGCAGCGUCUCUCCGAUACCGCCGUCGGGCCGUUCGUCCAAGGGACGAGGAAUGAGACCACGGUUAGGGCUACUUUCGCGGCAAACUCAGCGUAUGUGACCAAGGAGGUCGUGGAUGGUAUCAACAGCGAUCGGUCGAGUCGAGGGAUUGUCAAUUUCAAUGUUGAAAUGAAGGCUAGGGUUAGGUAUAAGGCCGGUGCGUGGCGGGCUCGACAGCGGUUCUUGAGAAUUUUUUGCCAACAAUUAUCGGUCGGGGUUUCGAAGAAUAGCGUCGGAGGGACUUUGAUUGGUGGACCGAGGCAGUGCAAGGUUGUUAUGUGAGUGAAUUUUAAGUAUUUUUUUAAUUUUAUUUUUAUCAUCAUCUUUGUUCUAAAUAAUAUUAUGUUUUUAUAGAUUUAAAGUUGAGUUUGAGAAUUUGUGGUGUUUAUAGUGUUCAUACACAAAGUUUUAGGUUUUAUAUUGAUUAAUCAACUUAUGUACAGCUUUUGUGGUUUCAAUUUGUUGGCUGAUGAUGCUCUGAUUAAA